GACGGUGUGCAGUACUAGGUGUGCAUGGACUCGAUACAACAAACCACAAGGUGAAACCCAACGGUCACUUGAUUCCUGAAACCUAAUCGUGAACCGGCCUACGGUCACCAAGAACCAACAGUAUAUUUGGGAUACAGAAAAGAGAACUGUCCCAGUACUGCAGUAUGUGAAAUAUGCGUAAAAGUGGAUUAUGACGACGGUCGUGAUGAGUCGAGUUACACAUGCAAGAGCAGCGUGUAAGGUGUGUGUGGUACCUUCACCGUGUACAAGCGUAAAGAAAAUUACAAAGAUUAUAGUCAAGGCGAAGCAACAAUGAGCACCGUGACUGGAAACAAAAACAGUUCAACAAGGUGUAGAUAUUGAGUAAACGGUUGUUGCUGCACGCAUGGACAAUAAUAACGUUUCGGUGAAACUAUGCUGUUGUUUAUGACUCAAAGGUUCGAAUUCUGCAACAUUGGUUGUACCUACCGACAACUAUAGCCGGAGUGCUUGGCGUGCAUUCGUAACGUGUGUCUCCGUUUCAUUCUUUGCCUGUGCUUACCUGUCAACGUUCACAUAAUUCACGUUUCGUAUCGUUUCUUACACCGUACCGACUUAGUAAAGUUGGAAAAAACUUGUGAACUGUCCAAGCACGCGUGGACGUAACGACAAGUCAGGGCAUACCUUAGUUAUAUUCAACGAUAUUUCGUGUUUUCUGAGAAACGGUUAAAACGGACGAUGAGUUUCACACUGCCAGGAGCGAUUUGCAUAGCGUAAUAAAUACCUAUAUACACACAACGGUGUACGCGUCGACUAGAAUCGUGCAGACACCAAAGGAGGUUCGAGAGGGAUCGUAAGGAACGAUUACAAAGCUGUUUCGUUAGUCGAGUAUGGGAGCUUAGUCAGUGAUAAUUACCAUUUGGGUAAACAUUUCGUCCGAUAUCCUACCACCUACCAAUCAACCUACCGUGUAGGAAGGUUAAAUUUCUAGUCACACACAAACACACAGGCGCAAAGUCGUCGCCACGUUGGCACGGUCAAUUAUUAUUAUUCGAAUUCUUAACCGAGCUUUGCCAGUCUUUAUCACCGACGACCGGUAUUUAUUGUUUUUUUAUUUUUCUCACGGAAGUUAAAGCGUUCUUCCUCACCGCCAAUCCCUGCAGAUCACGGAAUCCAUUUUGAUCUCCGAUAUAGAAGAGGAGUCUGCGUCAUGGGUUCGAUGGCGAUUUUCUCCGUCCGUCUUGUACAUCGCCCGGUAUCGAUAGGGGCAAAAAAUACCUGAGAUAUAUUCCAUAGAAUUAUAGUUUGAAAUUAAGUGGAAAGAACAGUCCAAUUGUCGAAACAGUGGUUGGUAGACAGUGGAAUAUAGUGAAUCCGCGCAUCAUGGACCAGAGUAGCAUGGAGCUGGUCGCUAGGACCUCGUUAACAUCCCUCAAAGUCGAUGCGGCUCGCAUCGUCUCGGCGAACAACCUCGAUGACUGGACAUGGACAAGCCUGAGGAAACAAUUCAAGUACAAGAAUUUGGAAAAACUCUAUCUAACCUACCAAAGAAGACUACAACAUGGAUACCUGUCCCUCUUCAUUAUACUUCACGGAAUCCUGAUCAUAGUACACUCGGCCGUACUGGUCACAAUGGGUACCUUGGAAGGUGCGCUACCCGAUGUAAUCACUUACAGUGUGAUCGGGGUGCUUCUCUGCCCGUUGAUCACGCUAUCCUGCAGGACAAAAUUCGUAGCAAAGGAUCCCUGCGUGCCUGUUCUACUGUCAUGCCUGACGGUUGCCUUACUGGUGAUAGGCGACGUGGCUAUGCCUCUUUACCGCGCCGCGAGCCAAGGCAACAACACUCCGGCGGUAAGGCCGGCAUACGCGACCCACACGCUUUUGGCCUGCUACGUGUUUCUACCCUUGACGGAAAACCUCCACGCUUUUCUUCUCGGCAUGACGGCCACCCUCUGUCACCUGGUCAGCCUGGCACUGGUCACGUACAAAGACGAGAGGUAUCUACUUGGCAAGUUGGUACCGGACGCGAUUUACUUCAUAUGCGUAAACGGGCUGGGACUUUAUUUCCGUUUCAUGAACGAGGUCAUAAUCAGAAGGUCGUUCCUUGAUAGGCGGAAAUGCGUCGAAUCAACGUUGAAGCUAAACUACGAGAAGGAACAAGAGGAACAGCUAACGCGGAGUAUAUUGCCGCAGCACAUUGCGGCACAGAUAAAAAAGGACUUCAGAAACAUAUUCAAGUUCAUGGAGGAGCACAACACGAUAAAACAGAAGACACCCUACAACGAUCUCUACGUGGAAACGCACAAGAACGUGAGCAUUUUGUACGCAGACGUUGUAAAUUUUUCCGGUCUGACGGUAACCCUGCCAGUUCAAAAGCUCGUCGAGACUCUGAACGAUCUUUUCGGCAGCUUUGACGAGGCGUCGGAAAAACACAACGUUCUGCGUAUCAAGUUCCUUGGAGAUUGUUACUACUGCGUUAGCGGCGUGCCAAACCCGAACGCCCAUCACGCGAAAAGCUGCGUCGACCUCGGUCUGGACAUGAUCCAGAUAAUCCGAAAGGUGCGAGAACUGCGAGGUCUCGACGUAGACAUGAGAAUCGGAGUUCACUCGGGUACGAUAAUAUCCGGUAUCAUCGGGGCGAACAAAUGGCAAUACGACGUCUGGUCCCGCGACGUCGUAAUAGCGAAUAAAAUGGAGCAAACUGGUAGAGCCGGAAAGGUUCACGUUACCCAACAGACCCUGAACCUGCUGGACGUAAGCCAGUACAAUUGCACCCCGGUAGAAUCCGUCAACAACGAGACCCUCAACAAGUACAAGAUAAAAACGUACCUCCUGACGCCGUCGCCAUCGCCUCUUCUGAUUUCCCAUGAUCGCGAUUUGUUUGAGAACAGCGAGAACCUCUUGACACCGGAUGGGACAGAGUCCAGAGUCUACCUUAAGGCCCGGAGAUCAAGCGCAAGACCCAGCAUUUCAUUUUCAGCGAAAAACAAGACCCGGAGUCAGCCAGUCGCUAAUGGACACGCCGAUGUCACCGUCGGCACGUUUCGGAGGCGAACCGCCUUCAUGGGAACCAAUUUACGACAGUAUCAGCAAAUGCUCAAGACAGCCGACGCUCAUAUGGAAACUGCGAUACAACAGAUGCCGCUGAGCAAAUUCGAACUGUUUUCCAGGCAAUGGUUCAAAGCCGAGCACCUGAACCCGUUUUUCCUAACGUUCCACGACUUGACCUGGGAGUUGCCGUUCAUGCGAGAAUCCGACCCGCUGUUCAAAUUCUACGUGAGCUGUGCCGGAUUGGUUUUGGUCUGCAUGGGUUUCAUGACUUUGGUACCGAGUCUAACGCAGUCGGCAUGGCACGUAAGCACGGGAAUCGCUUACGGAAUAGCUAUGGCAUUCCUAGUCUUGUUGUUGCCUUUCACGUGGCUCCAUUACGCUUGGACAAGGUGGAAGGACCCUCACGAAGAACAGGAGGGUCACGUUCCCCAGCCUGAGAAUAAACUGCUACUAUUUAUGUAUCAGACAAGCGUCAAGGUUGUCUGGAGCACUCUCUUACGAACCUGUCUCUACCUGGUGAUCACAAUUCUAUUGGCAGCCUGUGCCAUGGUGGACAUGGUGGUGGAAUGCGAAAACGUGGAUUACCUCGCCCUGAACAACAUCACCUCGAGCAUAACAGCGAUCGGAGCAUCUGACGUAGAGUGCAACACACCGCAAUGGCAAAUGACUCAGACGUGUUCGCUGGCAAUAUUGAUGAGCUUUCUCUUCCUACGGAUACACUUUUGCCUCAAGCUCAUAAUCGGAUGCUCGAUAAUGGGCUUCUACACUUGGAACAUCUGGGUAUUCAGAUCGGCCCUGUUUCAGUCGGGCGAAUCGUGGAACCCGCAAUUGGAACCCAGAGUGGCUCACAUUCUGAGCGUCGUUUUCCUCACAUUUUCAUUGCACAUAAUCGACCGUCAGGCGGAGUACCUGAACAGACUCGACUACCAGUGGAAACGGCAGCUGACAAAAGAACAGGACGAGGCAUUCCACACGCGAAAUGCUAACAAAAUGUUGCUGAGAAACAUCCUUCCGGAGCACGUCGCCGAGUUUUACUUGAACACUAAUAGAAACGAGGAACAACUCUAUCACAAACCGUACGACACGGUAGCAGUGAUGUUUGCAUCGCUGACCGAAUUGUCGAUGGACGAAACGGACCUGACAGAAAAAAAUAUUCUCAUUAUUCUGAACCAGAUAAUUUGCGAAUUCGACAAAUUACUGUUCCAGCAGAGUUUUCUGAGAGUAGAGAAAAUCAAAGUGGCUGGAACGACGUACAUGGCGGCCUGCGGUCUGGACGCGGGUCACAGGGACUCCCUAAGGAGUUCAGGAUCGGGAAGCCUGGACGAGGACGGCGAAUCGGACGGGGAAAGAAAGCCGGGAGAGUAUCGGCUCUACCACGAGCAAGAACACGUCGUAACAGUCAUGACUAGAUUCGCGGCCCAAAUGAUGCACGUCCUCGACGGUAUCAACAGGGAGAAAAUAUCGAACAUCGAACCGUACAAACUCAGGAUCGGCAUUUCGCACGGAGAAGUGACAGCCGGUGUGGUUGGAGCGCAAAAACCGCUUUACGACAUCUGGGGAGAUGCUGUGAACAUGGCCUCGAGAAUGGACACUACCGGAGUCCCGGGAAAAAUUCAGGUAACGAAGGAAACUGCAGCCUUGUUGGAGCAACAGGGUGUCAAGUGCGAAUUGCGUGGAGACACGUACGUGAAACCAAAGGGUUUGGUAACGACUUAUUUCGUCGCGGUGAACGAACGUCGGCAAAUUCAAAGAUUGGAAUCGAUACAGGAGACAAGAUUGUGAAGCAAACGAGGCGCGCUGAUUAAAUCGCGAUGAACACUGAAAAGUUGUUGUAGAAAAAUUACCAUUUCAAUAAUGCCAUCCUUAAACAAGAUCUGCGAUAAUUUGAUUGAAACGUUGCACGUACACAAAAACUACCAAAAAAAAAAAAAACAAAAACGCAAUAUUCAACAACUCCAAAAAAUUUUAAGAAAUUUCUCAAUUAAAUUCAUCGUCACACGUGCGAAUCAAGCUUGCUUUUUCGCAAAAGCCAGUCUCACAUUUUUCGUAUCCGAGACUCACAGUGUAGAUGCAUUUUAGCAUCAGAUAUAUACAACAUGCCUAACGUAUAUAUGUAUAUGUAACAUGAGUGUCUGCGUGUGUGUAUAAUAUUCGAUUCGAUUUUCAAGUCAGAUAUAAAUCGUCAGACCUUGUAUGAAUUAUAUUACACGGACAUUGUUACGUACAUUAUAUAUACAUGUAUGUAUCUAUAAUUGUCAGCAACGUAAAAAUAUUUCCUCUGUCUCGAAAAGAGAGAAAAUAAUACAUGUACAAUAUUGUAUGGUUAUACAUACCAUAUAAUAUGCAAUAGAAAAUAGUAUGCGUGUGUGUGAAUAACAAAUUUUCAAAAUGACCAAAGACGACAUAAUGGAAAUUAUGUAUAAAUCGUAUAUAUUAUUAUACAUGAUUUCCAUGUUGAAUUAAAUCCGCGAAAAGAUUAUACGUUGUAGGGUAUAAUUAUAUAUAAUAUUACCGAACAGAUUUAAAACGUUGCAGUUCUGCUGUCGGUUGAACUAUUGACGAUUUAAAAACAAACAACACGUAGGUACCUAACAUCUGAUCGAUUGAAUUUUUUUGAAUUUUACCAAAGCUCGCGACACGUAAUGAUCAAUAAUAAUCUUUUCUCCUCACGUCCAUCAUAUCACGUGUUAUUCGAUAGUAAGAAACUAAAGUUAAAAUAAAAGAAAAACAUAAUAAACUAGCAAGGACGCAUAAUCAGUUUCGAAAAAUACUACGACUAUUAAUAAUAUCGUUGUUAUUAUCAUUGGUAAUCGUAUAGCAUAUAUACAUAUACAUAUAUAUAACUAUUAGCGUAUAUCAAUGUGAAAAAUAUUCGUGUAGUUUGAAAUACAUGCGCAGGCAUCUCUAAAUUCUACUCGACCUAAUAAAAACGAACAAAAAUUUCACCCCGAGCAAGAAAGUUUGCCGAAAACUCUACAGGGCUUGAUGCAAAUUUUUCACACAUGCGUAUAACGGGCACAAAUCAAAGAAAAUUAUACCGAUUUUGCACCAAAGCGUGUGAAAUUUGACACGAGAAAUAGUACUCGUAAUUUUUAACAGCGUAUAUCAUAUACAUAUAGUAUAUUUUUUAUUAUCACUUUGACGAUAUAUUUCAACAAUGUGUAUAUCUAUAUCACGACCACAUUAAAUGUAUAUUAUAUAUGACGUGUAGAAAUGCAGAUCAAUGUGCAAAAAAUCAAAAGACACAUAUGCAUAAAUAAUAUAUUAUAGACAGACCAAAUCAUUACACCUCUAUAAGGGUAUAACAAAUUAACUCAAGCCUAUAUAAUUUAUACAAUAUAAACUCUGUAUAUACUUAUUCGUACAUGUAUUUAUGAAACACAUAAGUGUAUGUGUAGUAUGGUGUAAAUCGUCGUAGCGUUAUAAGUUCAUCGUUUUACAUGUGUUCGACGUAUAUAAGUAUCCUAAUUAUAGAACAAUUAACAAAGUAACGCAGCUGAUUGUGAUAAUUUUCACGCGUUGGAAGAACAGUAACCGAAAAAAUCGUCCGUAUGAAUUUAGAAAUGAAAAAUCGCGUUUACCGAUGGUUUAUGGAUUUAGCUGUUGUGAUUAUACGUCCGUAUAUCUAUACGUGUGUGUGUAUUGGAAUUUGAUAUGACAAAUAAUUUAACUAUAUCAGGCCUGGCUUGAACUCGCACGAACCCCUGUAAUCAUUUAUUUGUCGAUAGGGAAAGAGAUAGAAAAUAAAUUUCAAGUCAGUAGAAAAUAGAAAAAUUAAUCCAAGGCGUAAGUCGCGAAACUAUAUUUUCAAUAUCUGUGUAUAUAGAUGUAAAAUCUAGGUAAGGCAUGUGCCGUGUAUACAUAAUACGCCUAAAUGGAUACGUGCAUUAGACUUAAAUAUACACUUUUCAUGUAAUUAAUUGUGCAUAAUUGUAAAUAGUACUAAUAACAUGUAUUGUAAUGAUGAUUCUGUACGUCAAUUUGAUGCAUGAAUUGGGUUGUAUGUGUGCGUAUGGGUGUGUGAGAGAGUACCGCGACGAUGCAUGUUCAUCCCUUUUCAAUAAAAUAUUUAUGACGAGAGUCUAA